GCAUCUACAAUGGGAGAACUGUUUCCUUCCAAAAGUAAAUAAUCGUGUGGUAUUGCAUUUAAAUAUGCAAUUACAAGUACAUUCUCUAAUUGGAAAACAUGAGCAAAAACAUAAAUGAUAAAUGUAAAAACCUACUUACAGGCAAUAAAUAUGAAGUAGGAAAAACAAGAUAUGGACCCAGAAAAAUAACAUUGGAACACUUAGGUGAGCAUCGAGCGCCAUUUUAUCAACACCAGAUGGUGCGUGUCCAGGCAUGAACAUUAAAAGAAAACCUAGACACAUACUGCACCUAUUAUAAAAAAAAGAAACACCACCAUUGACCGCCAAGUGCUUACAUCAAGUCAAACUCAAGAAACAACACGUAAGUCUUGCUUAACCGAGAAAACUGCACACAAACUACACCUAGCAUAAAGAUAAUGAAAACUCACCAGUGUCUAGAGUGUGGGAAAGUAUUCAGUCGUCUUGGACACGUGAAGACUCACAUGUUAGGGCAUUCAGGUGACAAACUUCAUCAGUGUACAGAGUGCGGGAAGAGAUUUAGUCAACUUGGAAGUAUGAAGACUCACAUGUUGGUGCAUUCAGGUGAGAAACCUCACGAGUGUCUAGAGUGUGGGAAGAGAUUCAGUCGUCUUGGAAGUAUGAAGACGCAUAUCUUGGUGCAUUCAGGUGACAAACCUCAUGAAUGUCCAGAGUGUGGGAAGAGAUUCAGUCAGCUUGGAAGUUUGAAGACGCAUAUCUUGGUGCAUUCAGGUGACAAACCUCAUGAAUGUCCAGAGUGUAGGAAGAGAUUCAGUCAUCUUGGUGGUAUGAAGACUCACAUGUUGGUGCAUUCAGGUGUCAGACCUCACGAGUGUCCAGAGUGUGGGAAGAGAUUUAGUCAUCUCGGAAGUAUGAAGAUUCAUUUGUUGGUGCAUUCAGGUGAUAAACCUCAUGAGUGUCCAGAGUGUGGGAAGAGAUUCAGUCAGCUUGGAAAUAUGAAGACUCAUAUAUUAGUGCAUUCUGGUGAUAAACCUCACGAAUGUCCAGAGUGUGGCAAGAAAUUCAGUCAGCUUGGAAGUAUGAAGACUCAUAUGUUAGUGCAUUCAGGUGACAAACGUCACGAGUGUCCAGAGUGUGGGAAGAGAUUCAUUCAACUUGGAGAUAUGAAGAAACACAUUUUAGUACAUUCAGGUAACAAGUCUUAUGAGUGUCCUGAGUGUGGGAAGAGAUUCAGGCGUCUUGGAAGUGUGAAGACUCACAGGAUGGUGCAUGCGGAUGAAAGACCUUUUGAAUGUGCUGAGUGUGGCAAAAAAUUUAGAGAACGUGGGGCUAUAAUACGUCACAUCCACAAUCAGAUACCCCUCUCAGAGAGUGCCAAGAGAAUCUCUGCCUUCGGGACACCUGACGGUCUUUAUCAAUAUAAAAUCCUACCAUUCGGUAUGAAAAAUAGUGGAAGUUGCUUCCAGAGAGCCAUGAAUAAAAUGUUACAGGGAAUGGUAGGUUGUACAGUUUAUAUUGAUGACAUUAUAGUUUAUUCACACUCAUGGGAUGAACACCUACGUCAAUUAAAGGAGUUGUUUGAUAAAUUGGAAGAGGUAAAUUUGGUUGUUAAUCUCCCAAAGAGUGAAUUUGGCAAAGUAAAAUUGCAAUAUCUUGGCUACAUCGUAGGGCAAGGGGAGGUUGUCCCUGUCAGACGAAAAGUUGAAGCCAUAGAUAAGUACCCUGUGCCUAGAGGGAGAAGAGAUUUACUCAGGUAUCUAGGCAUGGUGGGGUACUAUAGAAAAUUCUGCAGAAAUUUUGCAACCAUUGCGGCACCAUUAACAGGACUUUUAGCGAAGCAUAAGAAGUGGCAGUGGGACGAAGCCUGUCAAGAAUCGUUUAAUAAAACGAAAUCAUUGCUAACAGAAGCCCCUGUACUGGUUUCACCCGAUUUUCAGAAGCCAUUUUCCCUCUUUGUCGAUGCUAGUGACGUAGAAGCUGGCGCAGUUUUAACACAGGACCAAAAUGGCACUUGUAAACCUGUGUCCUAUUUUUCUAGGAAGUUUUUACCAAAUCAAAGAGCGUAUAGUACCAUUGAAAAGGAAACCUUAGUCUUAGUGAUGGCGCUACAGUAUUUUGAGGUAUCCGUGGGAGCGGGCAUAGGACCUGUUACGGUCUUCACAGAACAUAACCUCCGUCGUAUUUCUAAAUAA